UAAAAAUAAAGAAAUAAAUAGAUAAACGUGGACAAUUGUGAUUCUUCGUCACUAGUGUCUGGAUAAAGGAGGCCUCGGUCGGCCAUGUGGAUGCGUCUGUUGAACAGCUGAAGAGGAGGAGGAAGAGGAGGGUUUACAGAGACGAAGGGAGCGAUAGGGAGAGCGUGGAGUGUGUGUGUGUAGGAAAGAGGGAGAAGGGGUGUGUGUGUGUGUGUGUGUGUGCGUGGUGUAUGUGUGUGGAAAAAGGAAGCAGAGCCUGUUAACGAAGAACUCGCUGGUUUCCUACCUCUCGAAACAAGCGCCGUGAUACUUUCCAUGUGGACGCGGAUCGCCGACGCGGCCGAGAGGAAUACACGGAACCGUUUGGAGUGGAGACGCGCGGACGUUCCGGUGCCUUUGGACGGUCAUUUCGGACGUGAGCGGUCUAUCAGUAAAGUGAAACCGCCUUUUGUUGAAGCAAGUACAUGCCUGAGCCCCCUGUGUGCGGGCAGCGGGGUUUUCUUUUUCAACGGGGGGUAAAAGUGUCCCAUAUUAGCCUGGUUCUGUCCCGGUUCCUCUGCUUGGAUUUGCUCCAGCUGGCUUGCUCCUUUUUUGAAAUCCAGCGGGUCACCUCGGGCAAGGGUCGUGUUUUCAACUUGUUUGCAGCAGUCUGCGGGACUCCAAAGCACCACCAGACUGGCGGUUUUCCUGAAACACUGGGGUUGUUGGUGUGGUCGAAUUUUCCCUGGAUUUGACUGGUAAAUUCAGAAUUCUGAAGCCCAGGCUCACAGUCUACCUUUCACGGAGGCCCAGCCGUGAGAGGACUGAGGAAGGCACGUGGCGGAUCAUGACGGCCGACAAAGAAAAGGAAAGAGAGAAAGAGCGGGACAGGGACAGAGACAGGGACAGGGACAAAAGAGAGCCCGGUAAGUCCCGCCGGCAGGACGUGGACCGGGGCGAUCGUGAAAGUGAGAGCUCCAGGCCUCGCCGCAGCUGUACGCUAGAGGGGGGAGCCAAGAACUAUGCAGAGAGCGAACACAGUGAAGAUGAUGACAACGAUAAUGGUAGUACUGGCGGAGGCAGCGGGACGGCCGAGGAGGCUGGCAAGAAGGGCAAAAAGAAGAUGCCCAAGAAGAAGUCCCGCUAUGAGCGCACAGAGAACGGAGAAAUCACAUCCUUCAUUACAGAAGAUGAUAUUGUUUACAGACCCGGAGAUUGUGUGUACAUAGAAAGUCGGCGGCCCAAUACUCCAUACUUCAUUUGUAGCAUUCAGGAAUUCAAGCUGAGUAAACGGGACCAUCUGCUGAUGAAUGUGAAAUGGUACUACCGCCAGUCAGAGGUGCCUGACUCUGUGUAUCAGCACCUGGUGCAGGAUCGCAACAAUGAGAACGACUCUGGACGUGAGCUGGUCAUCACAGAUCCAGUGGUCAGGAGUCGAGAACUCUUCAUCUCUGACUAUGUGGACACUUACCAUGCUGCUGCUCUCAGGGGGAAAUGCAACAUUUCUCAUUUCUCUGACAUUUUUGCUGCCCGGGAGUUCAAAGCCCGCAUCGACUCCUUUUUCUACAUUCUUGGAUACAAUCCAGAGACCAGGCGACUAAACAGCACACAAGGGGAAAUCCGAGUGGGGCCGAGUCACCAGGCCAAGCUCCCAGAGCUGCAGCCUUUUCCCUCCCCUGGUGGCCAGGCAGUGACCGAGAAUGAGGAGCUGGUCUGGAUGCCAGGGGUCAACGACUGUGACCUUCUCAUGUACCUCAGAGCUGCAAGGAGCAUGGCUGCCUUUGCAGGGAUGUGUGAUGGAGGCUCGACAGAAGACGGUUGUCUUGCCGCCUCGCGAGACGACACUACAUUAAAUGCACUUAACACUCUUCACGAGAGCAGCUACGAUGCAGGCAAGGCUCUGCAGCGCCUGGUGAAGAAACCGGUACCUAAACUGAUAGAGAAGUGCUGGUCUGAAGAUGAAGUGAAGCGCUUCAUUAAAGGACUUAGGCAGUUUGGCAAAAACUUCUUCAGGAUCCGGAAAGAGCUGCUGCCCAACAAAGAAACGGGAGAGUUAAUUACCUUCUACUACUACUGGAAGAAGACGCCUGAGGCAGCUAGCUGCCGAGCCCACCGUAGACACCGCCGCCAACCCGUUUUUCGCCGUAUCAAGACACGAACUGCUUCAACUCCUGUGAACACACCCUCACGCCCUCCUUCCAGCGAGUUUUUGGACCUCAGCUCUGCCAGUGAAGAUGACUUUGAUAGUGAAGACAGCGAACAGGAGCUAAAGGGCUACGCCUGCCGGCACUGCUUCAGCACCACCUCCAAGGACUGGCACCACGGGGGCCGGGAGAACAUCUUACUGUGCACCGACUGUCGCCUUCACUUCAAGAAGUACGGAGAGCUGCCCCCCAUCGAGAAGCCUGUAGACCCGCCGCCAUUUAUGUUCAAACCUGUCAAAGAGGAAGAGGAUGGACUCAGUGGGAAGCAUAGCAUGAGGACCCGACGGAACCGAGGCUCGAUGUCAACGCUACGUAGUGGUCGUAAGAAACAGACAGUCAGUCCCGAUGGCCGAGCCUCGCCUACCAAUGAGGACUUGCGCUCCAGCGGUCGGACUUCGCCUAGCGCUGCGAGCACCGACAGCACGGACAGCAAGACAGACUCCAUGAAGAAGCCCAGCAAGAAGAUAAAAGAGGAGACUCCUUCACCGAUGAAAAGUGCCAAACGGCAGAGAGAGAAGGGAGCGUCAGACACAGAAGAGCCCGAAAGAGCCAAUGCCAAAAAGUCCAAGACACAGGAGCUGAGCCGACCAGACUCACUUUCAGAAUGUGAAGGUGAGGGAGAGGGUGAGGGCGAGAGCUCUGAUGGGCGAAGCAUCAAUGAGGAACUCAGUAGUGAUCCAAAGGACAUUGAUCAGGACAACCGAAGCUCCUCCCCGAGCAUCCCCAGCCCUCGGGACAACGAGAGUGACUCUGACUCUUCUGCCCAGCAGCAGCAGCUCCUGCAGAGCCAGCAUCCUCCUGUCAUCCAAUGUCAGCCAGGAACCUCAGCUGCCUCUUCAACACCCGCUCCACCUACAACCUCAGCCCCGUCGCUGCCCCCACAGAUCUCCCCCGCUGCUGCCUCCGCCUCUCUACCUCCUCAGCCUCUGACCCAGGCCAGUCCGAUGUCUCUGAUCCAAUCUGGGGCACUGCUUCACCCUCAGCGGCUACCUUCUCCUCAUUCGCCCAUGACUCAGGCUCCACCCUCUGGCCCCUCAGUCCUACCUCCAUCUUUACCCGGCCCUCAUCAUGGACCCAUGCCCCCCAUGCCACAUCCACUACAACCUGGACCCUCACACAUGCCCCACCCUCACGCCAUGACCCCUCAGGGAUUCCCUAUGGGUCCCUCUCAGGUCCCACCCCCUCCCAUCGCUGCUCAGUCACAGCCGCGAGCUCACACACCACCUUCGUCAUCCUCCCAGCCUCCCAGAGAACAGCCCCUGCCACCUGCACCAAUGUCCCUGCCUCACAUCAAACCCCCACCGACUACACCCAUACCUCAGAUGGCCACCCCGCCAUCUCACAAACAUUCGCCUCAUGUUUCAGCACCUCCAUUUCCUCAGAUGCCUUCAAAUCUGCCUCCACCUCCAGCCCUAAAGCCCCUCAGCUCCUUAUCCAACAAUCAUCCUCCACCCACACACCCACCGCCCCUCCAGCUCAUGCCUCAGGGGCAGCAGCUCCAACCCCCACCAGCCCAGCCUCCAGUUCUCACCCAGUCCCAGAGCCUCCCGCCUUCAGUCAGCCACCAACCUCCUCCAGCGCCUCCUCUUCCACCCUCCACAACAGCCUCCCAUCCCAGCGGGCCACCACAGCCGCCCUUCUCACUUCCUUUCAGUACUGUUCUACCUCCAAGCGGCCCUCCCCCACCGUCUUCAAACUCUAUGCCCGGUUUACAGCCUCAGUCUUCAUCAGCAUUGUCUUCUUCCAUCUCUAUGCCACUUCCUGCUUCGGUCACCUGCGCCAGUCAGGGCCCCACAGUCCCACCUGUGCACAUCAAAGAAGAGCCUUUAGACGACACGGAAGAGCCAGAAAGCCCACCGCCUCCACAGAGAAGCCCCUCCCCAGAGCCUACCAUCGUUAACACGCCAAGCCAUGCCAGUCAGUCAGCACGGUUCUACAAACACCUGGAUCGGGGUUACAACUCCUGUGCUCGGACAGAUUUCUACUUCACUCCACUGGCCUCGUCCAAACUGGCCAAAAAGCGAGAGGAGGCUCUGGAGAAGGCGAAGAGGGAAGCAGAACAGAAAGCGAGGGAGGAGAAGGAAAGAGAAAGGGAAAGAGAAAAAGAGCGGGAAAGAGACAGAGAGCGGGAGAAGGAGGUUGAGCGAGCAGCGAAAGCCUCCAGUUCCUCUCAUGAGAGCCGGAUGGGCGAACCUCAGAUGGCCGGACCCGCCCACAUGCGCCCGCCCUUCGAUGGCCCUCCCACCACCAUUGCAGCUGUGCCUCCAUACAUUGGGCCCGACACCCCUGCUCUCCGAACCCUCAGCGAGUAUGCCAGACCCCACGUCAUGUCGCCCAGUAAUCGAAGCCACCCCUUCUACAUGACCAUCAACCCCGCGGACCCGCUGCUGGCCUAUCACAUGCCCAGCCUGUAUAACGCUGACCCAGCCAUGCGGGAGCGUGAAUUGCGAGAGCGGGAGAUGCGAGAGCGGGAGAUUCGUGAAAGGGAGCUUAGGGAGAGGAUGAAACCCGGCUUUGAGGUCAAACCCCCAGAAAUGGACGCACUCCACCCUUCCACAAACCCCAUGGAGCACUUUGCCAGGCACGGGGCCCUCACUUUACCCCCCAUGGCCGGUCCCCACCCAUUUGCCACUUUUCACCCGGGCCUGAACCCGCUAGAGCGUGAGAGGCUGGCCCUGCCAGGGCCUCAGCUGCGGCCCGACAUGAGCUACCCAGAGAGGUUGGCUGCAGAGAGACUCCACGCUGAAAGGAUGGCCACGGUGGCCAACGACCCCAUUGCACGUCUACAGAUGUUCAACGUCACCCCGCAUCACCACCAGCACUCACACAUCCACUCCCACCUCCACCUGCACCAACAAGAUCCUCUGCACCAAGGUGGUGGUGAAUGCCUUGUAUGUCCUCCAGGUUCGGGGGCCCACCCGCUGGCAGUAGACCCUCUGGCAGCAGGACCUCACCUGGCACGCUUCCCCUACCCGCCCGGCGCCAUCCCCAACCCCCUCCUGGGCCAGCCGCCGCACGAACACGAGAUGCUGCGCCACCCAGUCUUCGGUGCUCCGUACCCACGGGACCUACCAGGAGGUCUUCCACCACAGAUGUCAGCGGCCCACCAGCUCCAGGCCAUGCACGCCCAGUCAGCGGAGCUCCAGAGACUGGCCAUGGAACAGCAGUGGCUCCAUGGACACCAUCACAUGCACGGAGGACCGUUGCCUGGCAACGAGGACUACUACAGCCGACUGAAGAAGGAAAGUGACAAGCAGCUGUAACCAAGCGGGGAACUGAGGAGUGCAGGAAACAGGAAGUUGUCACAAAGCGGUCUUGUCGAGGCUCCUACAGACCUCAGAACACAUCCAGUCUUGAAGAACAGAAAACAGACCAAGUGGAUCUUCUGAGAAUUUCACAUCUUUAGUUUUUUGUUCCUUUCAAGGACCUUUUACCUUUUUUAUUUUAACGAUUAUUUUUCAAGACAUUGACUUUGUUUGGCGUCUAACCAGUAGUGACAACAUCCUCGAGACUCCUGCAUGACAAGCUUCCCUGACAUUUUUUGUAGGUGCUAGAACAAGACACUGUGCUUAUUAAGAAGAAGAAAAAAGGACAAAAAAAACUGUCUGACCAUUUAUGGAAAAUAACAAGUGCUAUCUUAAAUUCAACAUUUAUUUUAAUACAUUGUUGGAGGUUUUUUCAUAAUUUUAAAAAAGCUACAGCAUGGCGUUUUUCGAGUCUGUAAAUAGUAUAUAUAAACAUAUAAUUAUUAUUAUAAUUAUUAUUAUUACUAGGUGUGGACUCCAAGUCGUUUCAGCCUCCAGUAUAAUUGUUUUGAAGCAUUAUCCCUUGUUUCAGAGGGGAGCGCCAUGGCAUUAUGCGAGCAGUUUCUGAGAGUUGCGCUUCAGUUGUGACAUCACUGUGUUAGAUUUAGUCCCACAUACGUACUGUAUGUAAACCCCCCACCCCGUGACGCCCUCCACAUCCAUUCUUCACCCUGUGACACACAGCAUGUUGUCAGAAUGUGUCGACUCGCCCCGUUCAGUUACUGAUUUAAAACACUUGAAGUCACUGAUGCUUCAGUGGAGCGUGCACUGAGGCUGCAGAUUGAGAAAAGAAAAACUUUGCACUGAAAGAGCAUCCUCGAGCUCGACCAGUUUUUAUCCUUUUAGUUUUAUUUAAGGAGUUCCUCCUCUUUUUUUUUAAACUGAACAUUUUAGGAAGAAUUAGUUGCUUUGGUCCGUUUUAAAUUGAUUAUUUUUCACCAUAAGAAACAGGACUUUGAUGUUUUUAGCAUUUGCAUGUUUAUGUCACUUUCCCUUGUCUGGUCCAGUCACCGGUGUUUAGUUUCAGGGCUGAGUCGUGCUUCAGCUCAACGGUAAUGAUGUUCACUGUGACUCGAGACCACCAGGAGGGGCGGCGGGACGCGUAACCAGUGUGUCGCUCUGCCCAGUCGCCUUGAUUCCUUUAGGACACACACAGUGGUGUAUUUGUGUGCUGCCGACUGUUCCAUGUAGCGUGUCAUACCAGUGCACAAGCCCACUUUUUAUUAUUAUUGUUAUUUUGUUAUUUCCAAUGCUGCAGCCAUGAUGCAAGUUCUGUGUUUGCUCCGUGCACUAAGACUGUUUGUCUGUCAUGGACACUUUAAAAAACUGUGGCUUUUCUUAUAUUUCCACUUUCAACCAGUUGAAGAAAUAAUCUGAAUCUAAAAACAUUUAAAACUUUAUUGGAAGUGCCGACGACAGCCCGUCACUUUGUCUCUUCUUCAUCGUCAUCCUUUUUGCCUCAUUUCCCGACAAAUUCCUCGCCUUUUAUUCCCCUUUUUGUGUCUCUGGAACCCUUGAUGUUAAGUGUUGUCAAUGGUUUAGCUUCUUGUUUCAAAGCGGCAAUAGCAGAAUGGAAAUUCUGACUGCUAAGAUUUAUAUAUAUACUGGUAUCUUGAAGCUUAUUGUAUAUACGAGUAGUCGCCAUGGGGAUGACACAAUGUAAACAAAAAGUAGAAAUAAUAAGAAAAAUUGUGAGUCCUGUGUUCUCUCCAUUUGAGUAUUUUGUAAUUUUUUUGAAAAACUUGUGGAAUUAAAAUAAAUAAGUUACACCACG